UGACCUGGGUGCCAGGCGACCGCGCCGGCGCAGUGGCCGCGCCGCUGUCGCCAGGCGCCGUCCCCCUGCGCCGCUCCGCCCGGUGGCCAGCUGUGGCUGCGGCCCCGGGCUCUGCGGCUCGGGCUCCUUCCGCGGCGAGCCGGGUGCCGCCGCAGCCAUGUCCCGAAAGCAAGCGGCGAAGAGUCGGCCGAGCAGCGGCGGCCGCAGAGCCGAGGCGGAGCGCAAGCGGGACGAGCGGGCGGCGCGCCGUGCGCUGGCCAAGGAGCGGCGGAACCGGCCCGAGCCUGGCGGCAGCGGCUGCGAAGAAGAGUUUGUGAGCUUCGCCAACCAGCUGCAGGCCUUGGGGCUGAAGCUGCGGGAGGUGCCGGGGGACGGCAAUUGCCUGUUCAGAGCUCUGGGCGACCAGUUGGAGGGCCAUUCUCGGAACCAUCUUAAGCACCGACAGGAGACCGUGGACUACAUGAUCAGGCAGCGGGAAGAUUUUGAACCCUUCGUGGAAGAUGACAUUCCCUUUGAGAAGCAUGUGGCCAGUUUGGCAAAGCCUGGUACUUUUGCUGGCAAUGAUGCAAUUGUAGCCUUUGCAAGAAACCAUCAAUUGAAUGUGGUGAUCCAUCAGCUUAAUGCCCCUUUGUGGCAGAUUCGAGGCACAGACAAAAGCAGCGCAAGGGAGCUCCACAUCGCCUACCGGUAUGGUGAGCACUAUGACAGCGUCCGGAGGAUCAAUGACAACUCAGAAGCGCCGGCUCAUCUCCUAACUGACUUCCAGAUGCUUCAUCAAGAUGGAGCAAAUAAGAAAGAGACGAUGAAGACAAAAGGGGUGACUGCUGAAGACAGCCUGAGAGACAAUGUGGAAGAUGCUGUCCACAAAGUUGGCAGUGCAACUGGAUGCACGGAUUUUAAUUUAAUAGUCCAGAACCUGGAAGCUGAAAAUUACAACAUUGAGUCUGCAAUAAUCGCCAUGCUUCAGAUGAACCAGGGGACAGGAAAUGAUACGGAGGAGAACCGUGAGCCUGGUGACAGAGUGAAGCAACGAGGCCCUUCACAGGAGGAGGGAGGCAGCAGCUCCAGACUCUCUGGAAAUCGGGGCAGAAAUGAAGGCAGGAUGGAGACCAGUGAGGCUCGGGCCAGCACUGCUGAAGAAAACAAAGCACAUAGAAGCCAGCUCCCAAAGGUCACAAACAAGCAGCGGCGGGAACAGCAGCGGCUGGAGAAGAAGAAACGUCAGGAGGAGAGGCACCGCCUCAAAGCCCUGGAGAACAGAAACAGCAGCAGGGACACGGGCAGAGGUGAAGCAGAGGCGAACACACAGGUCACCUUGGUGAAGACCUUCGCUGCUCUGAACAUCUGACUCUCAGGCCCUGCUGACAAGGCUUCCCAGCCACAUGUCCCCUGAGGAUGAGACAACUGUCAGUGCCCACACACGAGCCCACAGGAGCCAGUGUCCUUCCAGAUGCCUCUUUCCUAAGUUUUGCUGUGUGACAGUGUGGUGACAUCAUUCAUCUCCUGGAACUCAAAACACUGAGUCCCAGGCAGGUCAUGGGGCAGGGGCUUUGUUUGCCAUGCGUAUCUGAGUGGUGGUUCUAGACUCUUCCCUUCAUGUGUGGGGUGGGUUCCCUGUAAGAAUUCUUGAAGCCGUUCAGCACAAUCAUUAGAAACUUCCGGUGGCAAUGCCCUUUGUUUCUCUCUCAUUUUCAAGCAGGAUGAGCUUCCUGGUUUCCCAGCUCAAGAGUGUGUUGAGGUUUGAUUUGCUCCUGAUACGGGUCGCUCGGACAUGUCAGUGGUAGGACAGGACCAGUAGUUCCCAACAGCCAGGGGGGUCAAGGCCAUCUCCAUUCCUCCUGUCUCUGGUAUCUUCUCAGAGAGUCUGGGUGCCCCUCCCCUCUCACCACGUGGUGCAUGAGCCUGGCUAUGAGUGAGACCUGGGUUUGCUGGGAGCCCCACAGUGCGGGGGACUUUGGGACAGUGAGGAGGUGUAGCACUGCUAUGGCUGGGUCUAGAGCUGUGCAGGGGGAGCUGGGGCUCUUGGGUUCUCCUUGGAAGAAUCUCAGGACAGCAGUCUUCAGGAAUAAGGUUUUCCAGGCUUGAAUUUUAAGUAACUAUAUUUUUCUUUUUGCUAUGCUCGACUCAGAAAGAUGCCUACAGAGAAAUGACUGGUUGUUUGAUCUUACAGAUUAUAAACUUUCUUAACAUGAAAAUGGAAUGAAGUCCCAUACUGUAGCUUGGCAUGCUGGCUCAAGCCAAGCUCAAGUAAUCCUGUCACUGAUGCAGAGGCAGGAUUGCUACAAGUUUGAGGCCAGCCUAGGCUAUGUAGAGCUCCACACUAGCUAGGGUUAGGAUGAAAGGUCCCAUUUCACUCCCUACCUGUGAGGUGGGGGAUCUUACAAAUAGGUUUGGUUUUUUUUUUUUUUUUUUGCUUUUUUUGUUUUUUGUCUUUUAAAGUUAAACCUUACUUGGGAUUUCAGUACUGGAGAAAGUGUAGCAAUGGCUGAGGGGCUGCCUGUGGCUAAGCUAGAUGGCAGGGAGAGGGCCUGCAGCAGACUAGGUUAUGUGGACAUUAACUUUAAACUGUCACGUGUCUGGUGAACAACCAUGACUAAAGUCGAUGCCCUCUGGGAACCUAGUGUUUGGACUAAUCCUGUACACUUGGUCAACAGAGAAAUUAUUUCUUGUCACUAAAAGCAAAAAGAAAAUUACAAAAGCAUCUAGACGCAGAGGACACUGUCUGGGAAGGUGUCAGGCUCGUCCAGUCGAUUAUCAGCAGGCUGCUAGCCUCUUCAGGCUAAUAAUGGCCUCUAAUUGUCCAUUUGUUCAGCUUUGGAACUUUGUGUUUGGACACCUGAAGUUUCCUGGACUUUCUCCCAGGAUGCUGUGUUGCUUCCUGCUUACAGUACAGGACAUUGCAAUGCUGUGCGAAUUUGCAGAUGACAUGCUCAGUCCCAAUAAGUAAGGCAGGGUGGUGACUGUGCUCUGAGGGAGCCAGUGUUCUCUGAGGUCAUCCAGGCAGGGCCUGAAUGAAAGCUCUCUGCUCCCAGCUUUGUACAGCCUGACGGCAGAAUGCCAGGUCCUUGAGAAAGGUCAGGACUGUUUACCAAAACCUCAGGAUUGGAAGUUAGAAGUGGCAGGCCUGGGCUGGCUGCUCGGUGGUGGAGCACUUCUCUAGUGUGUGGGAAGCCUGGGUUCCAUCCCCAGUACUUAAAAAUACAAGCUGUGGCCAGCCUUCGCAGAGCCAGAGCCGCUGUCUAACUGGCAGAAGAAGCUGCCUUGGGGCUCGUGGGUAUCAGAACUCCUGGGGACGCAUAAGAGAACACCUUUCUUUACAAAUUUGCAUUUAGUUCUGGGUUCCCUGCCUGGCAGUAGCCUCUGCUCUCUGGAACACAGUAAUACUUUCUUCAAAACAAGUUUGUCUUGUCACCGUCCAGCUUCCCAGUGUCAGCUGGGGUACUUAAUGUGCUGGUUUUUGGAAAGGGGGUACUUGCACCUGCCUCAGGCUCAGAAUGUGGGCUCUAUUACCUCAGUUUCACAGAGGGAGAGGUGGAUGGUCCGUCGGUCGCAUCACCAUGUUAGUGGAUUCCUGACAGUUACCUCAUUGGCAGCCAAGGUGAGACCCAGUGUGAUGAGCUUUGGGGCAAUGAUGGUUAACACUGUUCCUCCAGUCCACGUGCUCUCAGAGAAGCUGUCCUGGGAAGGGAACCUGACAGCCUCCUGGCUGUGUCCCGGCUGCUACCCGAGAAUAUCAUGGUAGCUCGUAAGGAGGCCACAAAGAAAAGCCAUAGUGCUUCAUGGCCGUACACUGGCCUUAAUACUGGGUACAGAGGUUUUCUAGGUUUUAAGAAUAAUUUAAGGUUAAACUUUAAAAAAAUUGAUGGCAGCAUGUUUAAAUUAUAAGGAGAUGAGUUAGCACAGGCUAGACUUGUAGAUAGCACAGCCCACUAGGAGUUGGUGCUGGGGAUACAUAAGCUCAUUUGGUUCUCAACAAGAACACCUCCCUUGAGGGAGUGAAGUAUGGCCAGGAACUGGGGCAGCUAGAAGCAGCUUUGGUGUGUAUCAGCUUAGCUUGCCAGUGGUUUCUUCCGUAAACUCUGAAAAUACCUCGGACCACAUCAUGAUUGUGAAAGUGAAGAGGGCUGACCUUGCAGGGCAGCUGGGUGGGGAUCAGUGGAGAACCUUGUAGCUCAGGCACAGUGCGCACUUCCCUGGGGAGCAGAGCAAGGAGCCCUGCUGGGGCAGGGCUGGCUGGUGGUGGAGGCUCAGGUUACCAGGUAGUGUCAGGUGGACUUGGCCAGUGUCCUGCACUCAGAGUGAGCUCACCCUCAGUCUUUCACGUUCUGAGGAACUACUGUCUGCCUGGGUUUUACCAGGAUAACAUAGAGUGCCCUUAUUUUACCUCUGAAAUGAUCAGCUUGGGCAUCCAGCUGGGUAGAGGAGACUUGAAUCCCCAGGCAGAGUGGGCUCAGUCACCCCAAGCAGAGGAUAUGAACAAACCAGGAGGCAGCUCCCCAGAGCCGUGGCCUCUGUGGUCUCUGUGGCCUUCCUGGACCCGUCUCCAGCCCCAGCCUCAGCUUCCUACCUCUGGGCCCAGGGCAGGUGCGGGGCUUCAGUUGUCUCUCCCAGUGUUGUCUCGAACAGACCCAGAGGCACUGUGGCUGUUGUUGUUUCCUGAGACGGUUUUUCUGUGUAGCCCUAGUUGUCCUGGAACUAGCUCUGUAGACCAGGCUAUCCUUGAACUCAGCGAUCGGCCUGCCUCUACCUCUGCCUCCUAUGAGUGCUGGGAUCAAAGUCGUGGGUUGCCAUGCCUGGCUUCAAGAGGCACUUUGACAGGAACAUUCCCCACGUCCUUACCUGCCCGCUGUUCCAUGAGCAUCCUUGCCUUUGUUUAGGUCCUGACAGUUGACUGCUGGGCCCAGUUGGUGGUUUCUGCUGAGUGGAGGGGGGCAGCAGCCUCCCUGUGUUGUUAAGUGGGAGCUCGGUGUGCCACUCCCUGCACUUUGAGGCUGGGCUCCGAGAGCUCUGUCCCAGGUCAGGUUGUGACAGUUUGUUCAGCCUGUUCUCUCUAGAGUCUCAGUUUGGUGAGUCAGCUGAAAUGGUUCCUGGAGAAGGCUGGUAGCCAUGCGGAGGAUACCGUCCCUGAGGACAGUUACACACUCGCACAUGAGUUUACAGUAAGCAGGGCAUACCUGCAGUUCAGGGCUCCCUUUGCUGAGUCCUGAGCACAAGAGGAAACCUUCGGGGUCUAGCUCUGAUCCUUGCCCAGGAGCUUCCUGCAGGCCCCUGUUACAGCACCAUGGCAGUCAGUGAAGUUCACCAGCCCUCUGCCUGGGCUGAGCCCUGCCGUAGUGGGGCUCUUCUUGUCUUCCAUCCGUGGGGGCUCGUUUUCCAUGGAGGCUACCCUCCAGCAUCCCUUACUAGCACUAAGAUCAGGGAAGGGGAGCCGUGCCUGGGUCAGGUCUAGCACCCAGCACCCGCUCCCCUGCGAAGAGAGUCAGUGUAUCUGCCUUCUCCCUUUUUCUAAUUGCACUAUACUUGUUCUGGCUUCAGUCUAGAGGUAUCUAAGGUCUCCAUGGGAUCAUGACCCUUAGACUCAGCAAGUCUGCCUUAGUUCUAGAGCGUUGUGGUGAGAAAUCACCAUUUCCUGGUCUCUCUCUCUCUCCACAGCUUGUGUUCAUAUGAAUCAUUUACUUUUUAUUUAACUGAAGUACUGUACUUGGCUAUCUGCACUGUUUUAAGAACCAAAUGUUUUUCUGUUUUUAUCCUCAACACUUGGUGCAAUAGAAGCCGCAGAGAUGUGCCACUUUAUCUUUGGAACUGAUUUUGUAUACCAAUAAAUUCUAGUUUAAAAGCAAA